AUGACGGAGGUGGCGCUCCUCCGGGGCCCGACCAACCUCGCUUCCACCGCAAGCCGCGCCUCCGCUUCUUCCUCCUCUUCCUCAGCGCUGCGCUAUUUAGCCAAUGCCGACAGCGACGUGCUCCCAGGAAGCGGCAGCCCGGAGCGCACUGCGGGAUCUGCAGGGAGCCGACGACUCCUUGAACUGCGCGGGCAAGAGGCGGCGGAGGAGGAAGAGGAGCGGUGGUCGUUCUUGGCGCUGCUCUUUGAGCUGCUGCGGAAGUCGCUGCUCGGGUGCAGGACGGUGGGCGGCGGCAGCGGCGAAGGCGAACACGGCGGCUGCGGGAUGGAGAUUGGGUUGCCCACGGACGUGCAGCACGUCGCGCACGUCACGUUCGAUAGGUUCCAUGGAUUCCUGGGGCUGCCCGUUGAAUUCGAGCCCGAAGUGCCCCGCCGUGCUCCCAGUGCCAGUGCAAGUGUCUUCGGAGUUUCAACAGAAUCAAUGCAGUGUUCCUAUGAUUCCAGAGGAAACAGUGUCCCAACAAUCCUCUUGAUGAUGCAGAGACGCCUUUAUGAACAGGGUGGUCUUCAGGCAGAAGGUAUCUUCCGCAUAAAUGCAGAGAAUAGCCAGGAGGAGUUUGUGAGAGACCAAUUAAAUAGUGGAAUUGUUCCGGAUGGCAUUGAUGUCCACUGUUUGGCAGGUCUAAUCAAAGCCUGGUUUAGAGAAAUGCCAAGGGGGGUUCUGGACCCUAUCCCACCUGAACAGGUGAUGCAAUGCCAAUCUGAAGAGGACUGUGCUCGGGUAGCGAAAUGCCUUCCACCAGCUGAAGCAGCUUUGCUUGACUGGGCUGUUAAUCUGAUGGCUGAUGUAGUCCAAGAAGAACAGAUAAACAAGAUGAAUGAUCGCAAUAUUGCUAUGGUUUUUGCACCAAAUAUGACUCAGAUGGCAGAUCCUUUGACUGCACUUAUGUAUGCAGUCCAAGUGAUGAAUUUUCUCAAGAUGCUGGUACAAAAGACUCUCAAGGAUAGAGAGGAGUCCACUCCAGAGGAUGUUUUGCUGCCCCAGAAGGACCCAUCUGAUGAAAAUGGGCAUCAGAAACCCAGCGUGACACUUGAUUCUCUCCUUGAGGAAGGAUCUAGGCGCCCUUCUUUUGCCAAGGAAGAACCCCUUCUGAACAGUCCUGCCCACAGCACUGAUGAUAAGUCUAAUGAAACUAAUACCACUUUAGGAGUCACUGCUGCUUUCACUGCCCAGACAAGUGAAGUAGUAACGAGUGUGGAGGACUCCACUAGUGGCUCACAACCUGCAACUGCUGGCCCAGUUGCUGUUGCUGAUGCUUCCAGCACGACAGCUACACAUUCUCUUCAAGGCAAGGGGAGACGAAGCCUGAAUCGGAGGAGGACUAGAAAGGGCAAAGGCCAGGGCCAGUCUGGUACAUGCACCGCACCUGCAGCUGAGAAAUCAAGAGGUGCGAGCAUCAUGACUGACCCAGUGUUUCCUGAAAAUAGCACCCCGAACUCCUUGCUUCCAUAUUUUGCAUUUUCUAUGAGCUUAUCAUUUCUUGCUGUAUCAUGGUCAUGGUUCGCGCAAUCCAGGCAAUUUUUUGUUUUCUUCGGACUUGCCAAGAAACAAUGUGAACAGGCCAGCCACCCGCCAAUUGCCAAUUUUGAUUUGCAAGGUUUAGACAUUUUUCUUAAAGAAAAGUUCAGAAUUCAAGCAAUAUAG